ACUCCCACACCAAUAACAGUUGAAUCAAGAUGGCGGCCGAGGGCGAGUACGAGUCGAUCCUGUGCGUGAAACCCGAUGUCAACGUCUAUCGCAUCCCGCCGCGCGCUUCAAAUCGCGCGUACAGGGCAGCAGACUGGAAGCUGGAUUCUCCAGACUGGUCCGGUCGAAUGAGGAUCACAGCCAAGGGCCAAGUGGCAUUCGUCAAACUGGAGGACAAGGUCUCAGGGGAGCUGUUCGCCCAGGCACCCAUCAAGGAGUAUCCCGGCGCCGCCAUGGAGACGGUCAGCGACUCCAGCCGGUACUUCGUCCUGCGGAUACAGGACGACAACGGUCGAAGCGCUUUCAUAGGAGUCGGCUUCGGGGACCGGGGGGACGCUUUCGAUUUCAACGUCUCUCUGCAGGACCAUUUCAAGUGGGUGAAACAGGAGCACGAGUUCAGUAAAAACGCCGAGCUCGGGGAAACGGGACCGAAGCUGGACUUGGGCUUUAAAGACGGACAGACCAUCACGCUCAACAUCGGGCAAGGUAAAAAGAGGGAUAAACCCCGCCCACUGAGCUCAAGUGGGUUUGGACUCCUCCCACCACCGCCUGGAGGCAAGAUGGCCCCGCCUCCUCUGUCGGGCUCAUCCAAUCACAACAUAAUCCCCCAGACGGGGGACACGGCGACAGGCCGCCUGUUGGAGCUGGACAGCAGUAACUCCAACACGCUGGUUCAGGCCAACGCUGGUUUGGAUCUUUGGGGAGACUUCUCCGCUCCUGCAAGCUCCGUUCCAGCGACGUCACGACUGCAGAACUGGAUGCAGUUUUGAGUCGUCGCCGUUGGUUGUGAUCUCCAUCUCACCCGCAUCUGUGUCCGUAGCUCCCUGUGCAUCACACACACACACACACACACACACACACACACACACACACACGCACACACACACGCACACAUCCCAAAGCAGAGACGUGAAACUCCACAGAGCUUUAGAAACAACAUUUUCAUUCACGAAAGAAUCACGUUUUUUCUCUUAAAUAUUCCUUAACUGAAAUGACGCGUUAAUCAGUUUUAAAAAGCCAUUAUAUGUUAUGAGCUACCCCCCCCCCCAAAAAAAAGAUAUCUAAGGGCUAUACGUGGCGUCCUGAGCAGCAGGUUUUCCUCCCUAGUGGAUGCAGCUCUGUUCAGAGCUUUAUGUUUUUCAACGGCUCCCCCUGCAGGAACUGCAGAGUACUGCAUCUCGAGAAGUUUUUCUCUGUAACCCAAAUAAUGUGCAAAGAAGUGAAGGCGACUUUAACUGUAAGACAGUUUCUUUUAUUUCUCUAAAAUUGGCACUUAAUUUCUGCAUUUAUUUUUUAUAUUACUUCUAAUGAAUCGCAACUUCCCGGAACAGUUUGUAAAUGACGGCAGCAGUCCGUCUAACUUAUUUAAAAUAUAAAGAACAGUCACUUCAUAAAUUUUUUUGCAAGAUUUAACGCUAAGAAGAAAUAUAAUGUUCCCGUCUGAACGGGGGAUGAAAUGACUGAGCGGGGAUCGCUGCACACGAAAUGGAACGAUGACGCAACUUCGUUAAAAUCACCGUUAUCAUGCCUUCUAUUAACAUGUGUCGCCACGGCAACCAUUGCACAGUGUUUUUUUUUUUUUUUUUUAAAGUUGUGUUCAUAGACAUGUAGACGGGGCGCGUUCCUGUCUUUAUAAAUAUUAUGUUUACAAUGUGAAAUCUUUUUGUUGCAAUACUGACACCAGUUUGCCAAAUCCAGACAUGUGUUCACCAUUUAAUGUCAAUUAUUUGCAUUUUUUUUUCCUUUGCAAAUAAUAGAAUAAGCUAAGAGUUUAACACAUUACGCCAAGUUUAGCGACGGGUUUUUGAUUUAAACUACUUAAAUAUACUUGAGAGGCCUUCACAAAGUCAUAUUCAGAGGAAAGACUCCUUUCAAUGUGUGAUGGCGUGCACCAGAUUGACAUCUCAAGACGGAGUGCAACUGCUUUUUCAUGUUUUUUGUUUUUAUUAUUUAUUUAUGUCGGGAACCUGAAGGUUUCAUAGCGGUAAGCACGGAUGUGGAGCUGAACGAGUAAACGCUGAUCCAGGAGCAGCAGGUUGAGACAAUCUGAGGGAGGUGGUUGGAGGUUAAAGGAGUUUGUUGGACACUUUUGGGAAACGAGGAGAAGAAGAAGAAGAAGAAGAAAGUCUUAUUAAUUAAUUAACACGUUGUACCUUGUUGUUUUCUUUUCCUUAAAUGUGGAACUGUUCCUUUUUUAAAUAUGUUUUAUUACUGUUUACCGACGUGAACGGACCGACCUGAUGUGGCUUAUUUGACUGAAACCACGUGCGUCGGUGGAGAUUUGAAUGUGCACGAUGAUGAUGAUGAUGAUGAUGAUGAAUGUCUCAAUGGCAGCGAAUGAUAUGUUAGUUGUGCAGAAAAAGGCUCGUUUACAGGACUCAAAUGUCUCGAGCGUUUCUCGACUGAAUUAAUUUAGUUUGCGUACAUUUUUUUUAUUAUUAUUUUUUUAAAGGUUUGCUGUGAUGACAUCACGGGAGCUGUAUUGAGUUGGCGUUUAAUAUUUAGUGGCUGGUUGAUGGCGACGUGUGUGUGUGUGUGUGUUGUGUUUACAUCGCUCGUAUCGCUGCUGGCUAAAACUGUAUGAAAAAAAACAAGAAGAAACGUCUCAUUUCUCGCUCAUUCCACUCUGGCUGUAAAAUCACUGGAUUAACACUUUUGAUUUAUGACCAAUUUAAUGAGAAAGAGGCAAUAAAUCCUUUUUAAAGG